GUUGUCAGUUUUGGGGAGCUUGUGGCCAUUGUAGCCCAGCUGUCUUCCUUCAUUUAUUUCCUUGGAUUCUUUGGCAUUGAUUAUGUGCAAAACUUCAUUAGCAAGGGGAAUGAUGGCUCCUGGAUGAUUUUACCAUGGAGGCAGAUUUCAACACCCCUCCAACAACCUGUGAGAUGGCAGCCAAAGAAGAAAUUGUUGUUAAGAAACCUGAGGUCCAGCUCAAGGGAAUUGGUCUUGGUGAUAAUGAGGAUGGAGACAUUGCAGCUGCUGUAUGUAAUGGUACUGUAGCAUCCUAUUCUCUUGAAUCCUCCCUUGGGGACUGCAAGAGAGCUGCCUCUGUGAGGAGGACUGCUUUGGAGCUCAUGACUGGGAGAUCUCUUAAUGGAUUGCCCUUGGAGGGAUUUAAUUAUGAGUCGAUUCUUGGACAGUGCUGUGAGAUGCCUGUGGGUUAUGUACAAGUUCCUGUGGGUGUGGCAGGGCCUUUGCUACUUAAUGGAUCUGAGUACAUGGUGCCCAUGGCAACCACAGAAGGUUGUCUGGUGGCCAGCACUAACAGAGGUUGCAAGGCCAUCCUUAUGAGUGGUGGGGCUACAAGCAUUCUUAUCAGAGAAGGGAUGACUAGGGCCCCUGUUGUUAGGUUUCAGAGUGCCAAGAGAGCUGCAGAUCUUAAGUUCUAUAUUGAGGAUCCCACAAACUCUGAUAGCCUCUCAGACAUCUUCAACAGGACAAGCAGGUUUGCCCGGCUACAAGACAUAAAAUGUGCAGUUGCAGGCAAGAAUUUGUAUAUGAGAUUCUCAUGCUUCACUGGAGAUGCCAUGGGAAUGAAUAUGGUCUCCAAGGGUGUUCAGAAUGUCUUGGAUCACCUUCAAAUCAUGUUCCCUGACAUGGAUGUUAUCAGCGUUUCUGGCAAUUUCUGUGCAGAUAAGAAGCCCACAGCAGUUAACUGGAUCGAAGGGCGUGGGAAAUCGGUUGUGUGUGAGGCCAUCAUAACAGAGGCAGUUGUGAACAAGGUCUUGAAGACUACAGUUCCAGCAUUAUUGGAGCUGAACAUGCUCAAGAACUUGACAGGAUCUGCAAUGGCAGGUGCCAUGGGAGGGUUCAAUGCCCAUGCUGCUAACAUUGUGUCUGCAAUUUUCAUUGCAACAGGCCAAGAUCCAGCCCAAAAUGUGGAGAGCUCCCACUGUAUUACCAUGAUGGAGGGUGUGAAUGGGGGCAAGGACCUGCACAUAUCGGUGAGCAUGCCCUGCAUAGAGGUGGGGACUGUGGGAGGAGGGACUCAAUUAGCAUCACAGGCAGCGUGCUUGAACAUGCUUGGAGUGAAAGGAGCAAAUGGGACUUCACCUGGUUCAAAUGCUCAGAAGUUGGCCACAGUAGUGGCAGCUGCAGUAAUGGCAGGGGAGCUUUCUCUCAUGUCUGCUCUUGCGGCUGGCCAGCUCGUCAAGAGCCACAUGAAGUAUAACCGAUCUACGAAAGAUGUCAAAGCAGCCUAAUGAGAAUAAGUUUGAACUUAGCCUACUAAAAGUUCAGGCAUCUCAAAUCAUUCUCUGUUAAUAUUAAUAUUAGUUCCUAAGAAGUUUACCAGUUCAAAUAGAGCGUUCUUAGUAAGCAUUUACAUCCAAAUAAAUAAAUAAUCUUUCAAGGA